AUGGCCGCAGCCACGAAUGCCAUGAUGAUGUCCAUCCAGGCCUACGUCCGUACCGCCGUCGCCGCGGAGACUGCAAAUGCCCAGCCGACCGCAGAUCAGCCCGGCCAAUUAGCUACCCUCCAGAGUCGUCUCGAGACGGCCAAUCAGGAGAACUCUGACCUGAGGGAUAGAAUCAAGCAGACUGAGAGUAAGAAGUCCACUCGCCACAUUCGCAAGCGCACGUUUAUUUCCGCUCCAAUGUCUACAGCGAACACUGACAUAGAACAAGCAGGCGAGAGAGACACCGUCAAGGCUGCCUUCUCCUCUUAUCUGGGCUUCCCUCUCCCAGACUCGAAACAUUCCCGCCAUUCGCAGAGCAAGGGCAGCAAAUUCCCUCAGUUCAAGAACUUCCCCGUCGAGAUCCGGAUGAAGAUCUGGAAGCUUGCUCUCCCCGCCGGCCGGGUCUUUGACCUCUCCAAUGUCGACGCUCACUUCUCCCGCGUUCUCCGGGCCCCCAUCGCCAACAACAACGGCGCACCUAACCCCGCCUUGGUCCUGCGCCAGGCCUCGGGCCUCACCGAGAUGAGCUUGACCGCUCACAAGACGCCCAAGCUCCGUCUCGCGUGCAAAGAAGCCAACAAGGCGUUCCUCGAGGCUGGUGGCUUCGAGUUCGGGUUGUUCGGGGGCGCCUAUAAGGGCCUCUGGUUCAACUACUCUGAAGACAUUCUCUACGUCCGCGAGGAGCCCCGCUCCUGGACAAACCUCGACAUGUCACGCAUCAUCCGUGUCGCUUUCCCACACAAUAGGUUCAUGUGCAAAGCCGACGCCACGGCCAAGAUGGACCUCAUCCUUGACCAUUUCACGUCCUGCAAGGAGGUCAUCCUCAUGCAAACCAUGGAAUGGGAUAUCCGCUCCUGCCUGGCAAGCCCGCGCCUGCCCGCCAAGCUCUUCCCACUACGGGACAACGACCCGAUCAGCACCCACGAAUACCCGAAGGAGCUCUCCGACGACAUCGGUUGCGUUGCAGCCUGGGGUGACGUAAAGCGCAUCGUUGGCCAUAUUUGGGAGGACCACGUUGUCAGUGUGAAGCAUCUCAGUGCAGGCCGGAUUCCCAAGUUCUCCGGUAUUGAAGUGCUCAGAGCCCGCCCAAGCUACUUCGACUAG